UUGACAGUGAAAUGGUCGGAAAAGUGUCACAAAAUUACCCGGUAUUUCCCUAUUUGGGAGGCUGAUUUUGUUAAUCUAAAUUCAAUCUAAGAAGAUAAGUCUACCAGGCACCGAAUUGUCAUGGGUAAAACGAAACCAAAGCGUCACCGAUCGAAGAAACAGCGUCCGACGGGACUGCCGUCCGUGCAGGAGACUGAAGCAGAAGAGAAUGAGUUUGCUGCUGCUGCGGGAACCGACACGGCGAUGGAAAGUCAAUCACUCACGCUUCUUGAAAAGCUCCAAAGCAGUUCUGAUGAGGAGAAAGUAUGUGCCUGCACCUCCCUGGCCAACCUCCUCCUUGAGUCGGCCGCCCGUGAAGUCCUCCUGCAGAAUGGAGUGGUUAAGAGUCUGGGACCUUUGCUCUUAGACAGUAGACUUGUCAUCAGGGAAGCUGCUACGGGUGCAUUACGGAAUCUGAGUGUGUGUGGUGAACAAGAUGUCUGUGAGAAAAUGGUCAGCGAUGAUGUCAUGACGCCGCUGACAGCACUUUUAGGCCAGUACAGCAACGGUAUUCCAUCAUCCCUAGGGAGCAAGGUCAAGCGAGAUCCUGCUCUAACAACACUGCUUCAAGCCCUACAUCUACUCUGGAAUCUCUGUGAGAGUAGUGGUACAGCAGUUAACAUCUUCAACCAGCACAGUCUUGUCAAUAUAACGUUACUGUGUCUACAAGCUCACACCGCCUUCAUCGAUCUAGCUCUAACUGCAGCUCAUUGUCUUCAAACAGUUAGUGAAGACAACCCAGGUACUGCUGUAGAGCUCACCAAACCGACUGCACUGCCUGUACUGGAGAGCGCCCUCAUGAGCCAGGGUGAAUCCAUGCAGAAUUUACUCAUCAGGGCUCUAGCUGCAAGUAUUUUAUACAACAUUAAGGGUCACCUACCAGCGGUUUCCCAAAACCAAACAAUUCAAGCUAUCGUCAAAGUUUUAUGCCACACCCUCGAUACCGACGUACUCUCUGCCAUCAGCAAACUCAUUCCGGAGAUGACACAGAAUGGUCAGGUAACCAAUGGAUUAGGAGCAGCUACAGAACAUGAACUGCCAGAUGUUGAGCUUCCUAAAACCUUGUCUGAUAACUUAGCUGAGGUAGAGGCAGCAUUAACUGCUCAACAGGUGGCACUAGAAGUUGCUUCUAAUAUGUGCUGCACAGAGGAUGAAGAUGAUGAUUGGGAGGAUAUGGCAUCCAGUAGUAGCAGCAGUGAUGAUCUUCAGGAUGACUCUACCGAUAUGGAGGAAGUCCCAUUCCUGUCUCCUCUCUGCCUAUCCGAUGAAAUACAUGGAGCAUUGGUCAGCCACAAUCUACCAGACAAGGUGUUAGCUAAGUGUGCCUUCCCAGAUAGGACUAUGCUGCAGGCCCUUGUUUCUAAUGACAGAGGGAAAUCUUUAUUCAAAGGGUUGCUUCGUGUUCAGAGCCGUGCCCUUCUUUGUCUCCAGAACAUGAUUGCAGUCAUGGACCUUAAGUCUCUCGGAGGACCUGAGGCACUGACGCUAGUUCUGGAUAAACUCCUUGCUCUGAUGGACCCAGCACCUGCUGGUGCUGAAUUAGUGGAGUCGUUGACAAGUGCCCUUCGCUCUGUGUUGCAGAAAAUGGCUGCUUGCAAACACGCACCUCAUGCGAUGAGUGAGCAGCAUUUGACAAAACUGUGUGCUUUGGGGCAGGGCUCCCCAUCGGAACAAAUAAGAGUCAAUGUUGUAGGUAUGCUGGGUAGUAUAGGAAGCAUGCUGGCGACCAAGUCAGAGUCUGAACAACUGUUGACGGCGGUUGGUACCCAGCUCUCUACAGUUGCAAUGAAAGAUAAUUCCCUGUGGGUGACAGCGGAGGCUCUGGACGCCAUCUUUGACUCGUUUGGUGACGGUGAAGUAGCUGAUGCCGUCGCCGUGAAAAUUGGACUGGUGUCCAAACUGAAGCAGAUUGUUCCACAGCUGAAAUCUAGGCUACGUCAGGGGAAGAAUACACUUGGGGAGCACCUGCCUGUUGUGAUUAAUGCUCGUCACAACCUCAUGCGUUUCAUCAAGUACAAGGACAGCCAGUAGAUGCAAAGGAUUAAAGGCGCUGGACGCUAUCGGUAAAUACUCCAAAUAAUUGUUAGCAUAAAAACUUGGUAACGAGCAAUGGAGAGCUGUUGAUAGUACAAAAUAUUGUGAAAUAUUGUGAGAAGUGGCUCUCUCUUAGGUAACUUAGUUUUUGAGAAAGAGGUCACGUCUCACUCAAGUUUUAAAAGACUUAACGCCUAAAGCCCUUUUUAGGAAUCUGAAAGCACACAAAAUUUAUGCAGGAAGGGUGUUUUUUCCCAUUAUUUUCUCGU